AUGAAACCUAUGAAAAAUGAUAUUUAUGUAUGUUUUAGUGAAACUUCAUUUGGUUAAUUUAGAGAUAAGUUUGCCACUAGGAUAUUGGCGUAACACUGCUUGAUAGGUUACAGUAUAAGAUUUUUCUUUUUCAAAUUCCCGUAAUUCAAUCGUUUUCUUUACAUGCAUCGAAAAUAAUAUUGAUUACAGACAAUUUCAACACGAUGGAUCUCGAAGAAUUGGUGGAAUGCGCCAAUAUGCAAGGAAUUCCUUGUAAGUCUAUCUUAGAAAUGUUGUGAAUUCGAUAAUUUCGAUAUUCUUACAGGUUUCCCAUCGCUUGCUUGGACAAAUGAGUGAAAUGGAAGAUGCGCCGAGUUUGAGCAAGGUAAAUGUUUAUAAUUUUUAUCGAAAAUAAAUCAUAUUGAUGAUAAAAAUCUUUAUGCCCUUUUGUGAAUUAGACAAAAAGUUGUCAUCUAAAGAUAUCAAAUUCUUACAUUAGUAACUUUUCGGUUGAAAUCGUAGUUGAGUUUGGUGAAAAAUUGGCCAAGCUUCUUCCAUCUGCGUUCCUGGCUUCUAUAAAGUCACCGGGAUCUCAGACAGUUUCAGGAUUUCAUUAAAAUUCCACUCCAGGUCCCAUUAUUACUUAUAAGUUCCCAAGUCGUCUACAGGUCUCACUCCUGAAAAAUCCCCAAGUCUCUAAGUCCUUUAUUACUACUAGCAGUCUUCCGAGUCACCAGGACUAUUACCAGACUUCUAAAAAUUUCAUAGUCCACUCAGAAUUGUUUCUACUCGGGAAAAAUACGGCGGGCGUGUCGCGAUAGUCGCGGCGCUUUUUCCCGUUGAUGCGAGUAUCCCAUCACCAAAAUCUCAGAUUUUUGGGAUGCGUUGUUUUGACGCGAUAGUCGCAUCAAAAAUUACCGAGAUCGAGAGUGAUGCGACUUUCGCGGCACUCCCGAUUACAAAAUGCGUCAGUGAUGAGAAUGGGUUAACGCAUUGCAUGUAGUAAACAUAUUUUCAUUUGUUUUUUUUUCGUUUUUCCUAUUUUUCUCAUUUUAAUUUGAAAGGGCUGUUACUGUAAUAUUUCAGAUAUGUGAUAGGAAGAAAAGCAUGUACAGAUAAUUGUGGACAUACCGAUGUAUCCUGCCCGAUCAAAGCAUGAAGGUUUUUGAUGAUUUUUGUGAAGAAAAUUUUUGUGAGUAAUCUUCAAAAUCUUAUGUUCUGGAAAUCACAAUAUAUCAUUAUUUCAGACUCUACAAAUUUUGAAUUGCAACAAUGUGACGAAGUUUAUGUCAUUUGAUGUUUGGUUUUCAAUGAAAAAUUGUAAGUUUUAUUUCUAGAUUUGGGAAAAGCACAUCCGCAUUUGUAAACAGAUGAGAAACGAAAUUGUCAUCAUUUUUGAGACUUUAUCUUACAUUCAGGCGCCCAAUUCAGAAAACUAUAGCCUCACUUUAUGAAAUCGCUUCGGAUAUUUUUUUUUGGUUUUAUAACUUAGGUUAUUGACUCAUUUUGAAUUAAUUUCAACAAAUUCUGAUCGAUUUCAUUGAUUGUCAUUUACUUACAAUCGAAGUUAAUGACUUAUAACUCAAAAACAAAUUUUUUUGUCAAAUUUUUUUUGACCAAAGCUUGAGGGAACCUUUUUACUCAACACUUCAAAUCAUUAUGAAAUUUUUACAGUACAUUGAUAUACGGAUUAAAAUGAGUCUCUCAAAUUUUUAGACUCCCAAUGGGCCUGUGAGAAAAAUAUUUUUCAUAAAGCUUGACACAAUAAACUCCAUCAAUUUUUCAGAUGUCAUGAUCGAUCAAACAAAGUUGCGACUACGGAACGAUUGCCGAGCUUCUUCGAAUUAAUGGAUAGAAAUAUCGAAAGCUAUGGUGGAAUGUAAUUUGUGAUUCUUAUUUUGAUUUAAUUUUGAGUUCUUUUAAAGCUUUCAUAAAAUUUUCAUGCUGAGAAUUCUUUUUCAACGCCUAAUUUUAAGCUGGGCGCCACAAGCGCCUCAACUGCCGCAACUAUCGAAAAAAAGCCGCGGCAGCGUGACGCGGGUCCGAAAAAAAAGCCGCAUCAAAAUGAUGCAGGUUCGAAAAAAAAGCCGCGGCAUAAAAGUGAUGCGAGCUCGCAUAAAAGUGAUGCGAAUUCGCAUCAAAAUGAUGCGAAACCCGCGACAUUUUUCCCGAGUAAACAUCUAAAAAACUGCAUAAAUCUUUUUCUAGGCUAUGCAUUCAUUAAAGUUUUCUUUCAGAGUCAAAUUCGCCUGGGAUCACGCAUGUCAACGAAAAUCAAUAAAAUUCAAAGGCCCAACCAUCAACGAUCGCCUGGAUUUUAA